GUUACGUGAUGGGUAGUGGGGGGGGUUACGUGAUGGGCAGCAGAGAACAGUGCGACAACAUCCACCGUUGUACUGUCUUAUAUUUCCACAUCUCUUAUCCCCGCCUUUACAAGCCAUCACUGACCAGCUUGGGGAAGUAUGGUCGAUUAACCCCCCCCUCCAUGACCCGCACGCCGUGGGUAGCCCCUCAUCCAGCAGUGGAUUGACAGACGGCCUCUUCAUGUACAUGUGAGUCACGUGUGAAUUAUGUCUUACGUAUGUUGAACUUCUUUUGCACCGUAUGAGGCCAACCAUGCUAAUCGAAGGUGUCAUCACUACCUUUGAGAUAAUGGAACGAACGAGACAGACUAAACGAGACAAAGCAAAGAGAAUCAGUGAAUCAAUUUGUGACCCAGAAUCGUGACAAUUCAUAGAAUCGCCGGACACAGACAUCCCCAUGUCAUUACACUGAACUCCCUUCGCAAUCACGCUUGUGUUAGUUGAGCUCUACUGUAUGUUUAUGGCUGAAUAAGCCAGUGUUUUUCAAUCACACUAUCUUCGCAUGAUGAAUAAGCAGACAAUGUCUCCCUCCACAUCAAAUGUAAAGUUAUUCCGACAUUACCAAUUUGCCCCAUUGACUUAUGGGGGUGCACGUCAGCACUAACAUAAUGCACGGAAAGCAUCGGCUUCAUCACCUAUUGCUGCGUUUUCACAACCGCUCGGAACAGACCGGAGCUGUUGCUGGGCUCUUCCAGAAGUGGCCCCAGAACAGCAACGGAGAGAUCCGUGGCAACGCAGCACAAAAUCACGAACGAUAGCAAGCGGCAGGCAAUAAUGAAUACGUUUCUUGAAAUUGAGCGAGUUUAUAGGAAGUUGCAAGCAGAGGUAGUUUGUAAUGCUAACAACGCAGCUCAGCUCGUUUCUUGUCAGAGCCACGCAGUUCCGGGGGCUUCUCUCUUACGCUUCAUCCCCUCCCACAGCCGGAGAGAAGCAAUGUUAUUUAUGUAUUAAUAUUUAUCACGUGCUUGGGUUACAUUAUGCUACCCGAAGUGAACUUUAUCGAUAUAUAGUUGUAGCAAAUCAUGCUGUUUUAAAGAGAAAAAUACAUGGCCCUGAAAUUGACCUAGGUGAGAGUCACGAUUACAGCCCGUGACCUCGCAUCUCUUGCGUUGACCCCGUGUUAGUUUGCCGCACAGCCCGGUUGAUGCUGGCGUGGCCCGAUUGGGCCACCGUGGGAAUCUGGGCCAGGUCCACUUGCUUGCUUCACAAACCGGGCCAGCCAGAUCUUGAGUGGUUGUCGGGACGGAGCACAAGACUCCAGGCAACACCUUGCUGAUGAGACUUGGAAAAGUGGAAAGCGGUUCAGGGUUUCCAUUCAACACAAUUGCUCUUGGGUUAACAUUGUUUUAGAAGGCCUAUUGGUCGAUGAAACUUCUAUUUUAAUAGGUAGUUUGUUUGGAAAUAAGACCAACCCUUCCUGUUAAUUAUUGUAAAUCUGGAAUAAUUGGCACGGCUCGUUCGACUCGUCAAAGUGGACUCGGAGAUCACGCUCAGCCUUUUUACAAGUGAUGCCUUUUUUUAUUACCUCUCGCAACUUUUCUGUUCAUCAUCGCAUUGGCUUCAGUACGUGGAAGGAGUCUGUUUGGCCCAAUAUCACCACUGUCCAAUGGGAGAGCAGUAACGUAGAGCGUGCCACUUGAUUACUGGUUGAGUGGCUCAAGUUUGAGCGGUUGAAUAUCAUCGCCACUCAUCUGUAUCCCCGCUCGCUGGCUCAUUAAUUCCCCGGUGGAAGGCAUAGAUUAAGAUCUGAAGCAUUAUUAAUUCUGGAUAAUGAAGGCGUCGCGAUUAAAAAAAAAUUGCAGCAAUGCAGAAUAUGGAGCGUGCAAAUCGGUUUGCUCGUCCCGGAUUAUUCCGCGUUGCGUAGGAGAUGCGAAAUUAAUCUGAAUACUCCAUGACCUGAGCGUCGGCAUUAAAAUGGCCGCAGGGGCACAGCGAAGGAAUUGAUGGUCCUUGUUUAUUUACUGACUUGCGAGAUUCUAAACGAUACGGGUUCUCUUUAUUUUCGUAUCCUUUACAAUAGAAUGUUAUGAACAAAGCAAAAAAAAUGCAUGAAGAAAUCUGUACAGAUCAAACACUGCAGUACAUACAUUGACGUGAAUAAUUCAAUGUAUACAGUAUUGGUAUAUAUAUUGAAGCGUGAUUUUCAAUGUACGUAGUAAAACUGUACGUUUAUGUGUAUGUAAUCUAUUUUUUGCCAUGCACUGCCAUGUUAUCGUUUUAUAUUUUUGCCAAGCCAUUGUUUUUAAAUGAUACGCAUAUAAUAUUUGCACUCCCUGCGUUCAUUGCAACAAUUCAUUAUCGCGUGUGCAUCGAACCGUAUUCUCUCCCGAGAGUUUGUUUUUGUACAUCUCGUCAACUCACGGCAAGCACAGUGCCUCGCUUUGUGGUGUGUUUAUUGUUUUUCUUAACGCGACGACGAUGUCGACGACAAUGUCGCCUUCGUCAGUGGAGUGCUUCGAAUGGUCACGGCCACCGAACCGCGCUUUCGCUGAAGUUGGCGCCAUCGUAAAAGCAGGGGGGGGGUGGGGCACGCACGGGCAUCAUCAGCGAGCCGCGUGCAACCCGGCUGAGUUGUUAAUUAAGCAACGGAAUAUCCAUACUCUUUGCUUCUUUCGGUAAAGUCACGUAGGUUUAGAGCGAUGCACCUACAGGGUUACGGAGCUGCAGCUCGGGAGUCAGGAGGGCGGACGUAAGUCAAGAUCAUCUGGAUUAAUUCUCCCGUGCCAAAUAAGAUUGGGGUUUAUCAGCAAAUGCCUUGCGUCUCUUCCCCCCUCCCCUCCUUUAUUUUGCACAGUGCCACCAAUUCCCAUCUAUAAAAUGCCACGCGUCUCGUCCCGCCUAUCGCAUUGGUGGGAGGGAGUCCCCCCAGCGAAAAGUGGGACUGUGCGCGGGAUCUUGAAAAUUAAUAUCAGUAUACUGUGACAGACCGUAUUGCGUUGCGUUUGCAAUAUAAGCAUCGGUAUUGUGUUGUGACUUGUUCAGUUUACGUGGUGCAACGGUUGGAAGUUAUUCUUGCUUUGUGGUUUUUAUCGCUGUUGUGUUUUUUUUGGUCACUAAAAUAAAACGUGAAACCAACUCUGCACAUCGCUCGAUCCAACCGCAGUCGAGUGAGUGUAUUUUUGUUUUAUAACUCGGUGCUUGAUUCGAAGAUCGUCUGUUCGUCAAGCAAGAGCCAUGGAGAACCUGACCUCGCUCGACCUCCUGCCGAACGGCGAGGUCCCGCUGAUGCCCCGCUACGGCUUCACCAUCCUCGCCGUGAUCAUGGCCGUGUUCACCCUCGCCUCGCUCGUGCUCAACAGCACCGUCAUCAUCGUCACCCUGCGCCACCGCCAGCUGCGCCACCCGCUCAACUUCUCGCUCGUGAACCUCGCCGUGGCGGACCUGGGCGUCACGGUGUUCGGCGCCAGCCUCGUCGUGGAGACCAACGCCGUCGGGUACUUCAACCUCGGCCGCGUCGGCUGCGUCAUCGAAGGAUUCGCCGUCGCUUUCUUCGGCAUCGCCGCCCUGUGCACGAUCGCCGUGAUCGCCGUCGACCGCUUCGUGGUGGUGUGCAAGCCCCUGGGCACGCUGAUGUUCACGCGGCGCCACGCGCUGCUGGGCAUCACGUGGGCCUGGCUCUGGUCGUUCGUGUGGAACACGCCGCCGCUCUUCGGCUGGGGCAGCUACGAGCUGGAGGGCGUGCGGACGUCGUGCGCGCCCGACUGGUACAGCCGCGACCCCGCCAACGUAUCGUACAUCGUGAGCUUCUUCUCCUUCUGCUUCGCCAUCCCCUUCCUCGUCAUCGUGGUUGCGUACGGCCGCCUCCUGUGGACCCUCCACCAGGUGGCCAAGCUGGGGAUGGGCGAGAGCGGCAGCACCGCCAAGGCGGAGGCGCAGGUGUCGCGCAUGGUGGUGGUCAUGGUGGUGGCCUUCCUCGUCUGCUGGCUGCCCUACGCGCUCUUCGCCAUGAUCGUGGUGGCCAAGCCCGGCGUGUACAUCGACCCCGUCAUCGCCACGCUGCCCAUGUACCUGACCAAGACCAGCACGGUCUACAACCCCAUCAUCUACAUCUUCAUGAACCGCCAGUUCCGGGACUGCGCCGUGCCCUUCCUUCUCUGCGGACGCAACCCCUGGGCAGAGCCUUCCUCGGAGUCAGCGACCACGGCCUCCACGUCGGCCACCAGCGUUACCCUGGCGUCCGUGCCGGGGCAGGUCUCCCCGAGCUAGAGGCAUCGCCACACGCGCCACCACCAUCAUCACCGCUACCAUCGCUUCAGUCAGCAUCAGCACCGUCAUCACUGCAGUCACCACCAUCAUCAGCACCAUCAUCAGCAGCACCACCACCAUCAACGCCACUACCACUACUACCGCUUCAGUCGCCAACGACAUCUCUAUUACUGCCACCACCACCAUCAACAUCAUCACCAUCAACACUGCUCCUAAUGCUGCUGUGACCACUAUCAGCACGACUGUCACUAUCAUCACUGUCAUACUGUCAUCACGACUACUUUCUACUGCAGUGCUCAGCACCAACGCCACGGUCACCAAUCGCUCCCUUAUUUUUACUCAGACGGCAGAGUCCAUCGGGUCUGUUUGUCGCUGAUUGUACAGCUCUACAUAGGAGCGCGUCUGUCGCACCACAGUGCCCUUUCUGCCUGUCUGUCUGGCCACACGUAAUGCCUGCAAUAGUUAGUAGAGUGUCCACUCUAUUUACAUUUUAGCAGUGAGGCAAUUUUAAUGCGCUGUCAUCGUUAUUCCCGUUUCCCACAAUUGUAUCCCAAUUGGGCUGUCCGUGUCACAUUACGUCGUGAAAUUACGUUAAAGUUGAUUUUCUUUGUUAACGCGCAUUGUCCCGUUUAACCAGUUUCCCAGCUAUUUUACAAGGCACAUCCACGAGAGAUGGGCAGUUGUGCAACCUUGCGUGCUAGAGAAGGGCCCAUGGAAGUGGAUAUCGCAGAGCUACCCCUGAGAUCCCUGCCAGUGACUUGUACACAGUGGGAGGCAGCACUUCUCCACCCGCUCUACCAAUGAGAGUUACAUACUGUACCUAUCAACCCAUACGGUUUACCUGUAUUCUUGUACAGGGAAAUUGAAUUUUCAGGUCCAUAUGACGUACAGCCGUUUCAAUAGGGCAAAACAAUAUAUUUUUAACGUCUUUGUUUGUGUUUCUCCCUUGUGAUGGGAAUUUGUAGGAUGAACUUUGAGAUUUAUAAGGGCACGAGGUGACCAAUAAGGUCUGAAUUGGUUUGUAAUAAGGUAGGGGGCAUUGAUAAGGGGUUGCCAGGUAUGGAGUAAUGUUUAACUCAUGACAGCCUGGAGUUCAGCCAAAUUAAGGGCAACAGAUUUUGGAAUUGUUUAAAUAUGUGAAGGUGUGUGCGUUUGUGAGUUUUGUUAUUUUUAAAGUGAUGACUGUUGCUCAUUUUCUACAGAGGGAGAGCUGGUUAAAUCUAAUCCUUCCUAAAUUGGAUUUUGGAAAGGUUGCAUGAUCAGCUCAUUGAUAAUUGACCGCUAGCAACCAAUACCAAUGUUAGUCUUGGACCAAAAGCAAGAAAAAUACCUUUUUGCUGAUUUUAAUUUUGUUCAAUUAAUUUUGGACAUCGGUAACAUCAGCAGUUACUAAAAUUCUGAACAAUCAAUAUUCCAUUGUUAGCUUGCUGGAAAAAAUAAUCUACUUUGCUCAGAUCAAAGAGCUUUCCAACUGUAAUUAUACUUCCGUAAUUAGCACGCAGAUUAAAAGUUAAUCAAUUGAGGAGUGUCCUUGGAUAUGAGUAAGCUUCAAAUGGCCGUGUCACAGCUCAGAGCGUGCAUUGCUGAGAUUCUGGGUAUGAAUCUGAGCUUUGUCCGUCUGUGAUUAAACCAAAUUCCUGAGUGUAGAGGUGGCCAGGUGGCUUAUAGAUGAGAGGUCAGAGCACUGAACUGACACCGUUGAGAUUCAGGAGAAGGCGGUACAGCAAUGUGCAGAAUAAUAUCUGCUCCUUCUGCACGGGGAUAGAGUGUUGCCCCCUCGCAUGCGUGGGUUUUCUCCAGGUGCUCAGGUUUCCUCCCACAUGUAUGAACGCUCAUUAAUUGGAUGAAACAGCAGAGCUUGUGCAAUUGUUGGCACCGGCUCACCACCUGGCUGGCUUGCAGCUUGUCUGUGGUUCCUCAGGGAAUGUAAGAUGCAAUGUGCAUGAAAGACGCUAUAUAAACCACAUUUUCAAGUGUAACGGGUUGCUGGCCUCAUCCCGGUCACCAAUAAAUGCACCGAAAAAACGAUCGCAUCUUUCCAGGUUUGCUCUAGCUCUGAGAAUUCAAACUGUCAUUUGACGAAGGAUGCUCUCCCUGGCAGGGAAAAGUGCUACUCAUGGCUGUGUGGACCAGACGUAGAAGGGAUCUCAGAUGUAGUUCUGCGAAAUCCACUUCCGUAGGUCGUUCUCCGACACAACGGGCUGCACUGCUGUGAGAAUUCCAAACGAAUUCUUCAUCUGUUCUCGUGGCAUGAUGCCGAUAGCAAAAUCGGAGCAAAAUUGGGGGGACAUCCCACGAAGUAAAAAGAGUUUUUUGGGUGUAGAGAGUGGAUGGUCACAGCCCAAUCACAAACAAAGUUAUAUAAUAGUGUUUUUUUGUUUGUGAGACCAAGCCCUGCUUGUAAGGGCUGAAAUUUAUACGUGAUGACUGACAUUUGUCAAUGAGCAAUGUCAUGAUUAUUCAUCCUUUCCGUAGCGAUUCUUUGAACUGUCCCGAAAUGUAGGACGUGAUUCAAUUAAAAAUUCCAUAAGCUUCUUC